AAACCCAAAGUCUCAGGAGGAAGGAGGAAACAAAAAUUAAAAUAUUUUGUUCCAGAAAUAGAGGAAGUAAGGUAGAAACCACUUCUCUGCUCUGUUCCGUAAUCUGUAUUCAAGCCGUUCAAGCCUCAAUCUGCAGAAACCUACAUUUUUGUUCCUGUCCUGAGAUUUUGUAUUGAUAAAGUUUGGAUUUGAAUGGUCUCCUGUGGCAGUAAUGAUGGCGGCUGAUGAAAUCGUGCACGGAGUUCCUCCUUCCUUGUCUGCUAAAGUGGUCGGGUCAUUUGCUUAUUUGACAGUGAGAGACAGACUGCCGACCAUCCUCACUAGAGUCAUUGAUACGAUACAUCGCAACAAGAACAAGUUCUUUGAAGAAUAUGGAGAGGAGGGUAUCCGGGCAGAGAAGCAAGCAAUAUCUCUGCUGUCUAAGAUGAGGAAUGAGAUGCAAACUGAUAAACCGGUGAUAGACCUAACAGACGGUCUGCAGGACAGAGAACCCUGGAACCAGUACUUGCAGAGACAACAGACACUGAUGGAGGACCAGGAGCCUGUCAGCUGGUUCAAGUCUCCAUGGCUUUAUGUUGAGUGCUACAUGUACCGCAGGAUACAAGAGGCUAUAUGGCUGAAUCCUCCCAUCAACGAGUACGACGUCUUCAAUGAGGGAAAGACUCAGAGCUAUUUUGAGUCUCAGCAGGCUGUGAUGGCUUUGUGUACAUACUUGGAGGAAUUCCACAAGAACAUGGAGGACAUCUCAAAGAAUCAGCUGUUUGAGCAUUUUAACAAACUGCUGAAGGUUUCUCUUUGGGGGAACAAAUGUGAUCUGUCCAUCUCAGCUGGCAAAGAAAACUCCCAGAAGACCAGUCCAAUAGAUUCCCUUGACAGCCUGCAGCCCUUCAUCUUGGUGGAUGACUCCAACAUGGUAUGGUCCACUCUUACCUCCCUGGAGAGACCAGGUCAGCUGGAGAAAACCAAAGCAGGCAGAGUAGACAUUGUUCUAGACAACGCUGGCUUUGAGUUGGUCACUGACUUGGUUUUAGCAGAUUUCCUGGUUUCCUCCGGCCUCGUCCGUGAAGUCCAUUUCCACGGCAAAUCCCUCCCGUGGUUCGUCUCUGAUGUCACAGCUCAGGAUUUUAAGUGGACCAUUCGGCAGACCAUGGGAGCAAAUCACAGGUGGAUGUCCAAGAGUGGCGCCCAGUGGCAGAGGUACAUGAAGGAGGGCGUGUGGUCCUAUCAUGACCAUCCUUUCUGGACACUGCCUCAUGAGUUCUGUGACAUGGCAGGUGAUGCUCCUGACCUGUACGCCACCCUGCAGGAGGCAGACCUGCUGCUGUUCAAAGGUGAUCUCAAUUACAGGAAGCUAACUGGAGACAGAGACUGGGAUCACGCAGUGAGCUUUGAUACUGCGCUACGAGGGUUUGGGCCUGCACCACUGUGCAGCCUGAGGACUCUUAAAGCCAAUGUUCAGGUCGGUCUGCAGCCGGGUCAAGGGGAGAAGCUCACCUCCCAAGAUCCAGACUGGAUGACAUGCGGCAAGUAUGCUGUCAUACAGUUCCACAGCCCAAAGUCUGAACAGACCUAAGGACUUCAGUGAUGGAUCAUAAGGACAUUAGAGUAAGAAGUAUCAUAGCAGGAGUUCUAUUUAAGCCAUAAAAACAAAACAAAAACUAACCCUCACAUGUUGCACACAGUUGUUGAAGCUGUUCUUUAACAUUAGUUAGCACUUAGUCACAUUUCAUACAGAAGUAGUCACAUAUAUAUUAGAGGAGUUUUUUCACCACUGAUUUCAACAUGUCUGCAAUGGUGGCACUAUUUACCUGAGUUGUCCCCUCAUGGUUUGAAUGCUGCUGUUGUUUACACUGACAGUUUUAUAUUCAGACGUAUUAAAUCAAGGGUGUUGUUUUUUUUAAAUUUCAAAUAGCUCAUGUGUUAUGCACAAUGUAUUAAGUGACAGUUAAAUGUUUACAGUUUAAUGCACAUACUGUAAGGACUGAUCAAGCGGGAUAUGGGCUCACAAAUUCUAAUGUUAGAGUACAAUCACUUGUAUUUUUGCAUGCAGAGGGGGACGAUUAAUGUCAUAUUAAGUUAUUUUAAUUCAGCUCAGCUCAGGUUGUUUUUGCUUAUGAACUCUGCCAAUGAUUUGCAUGCAUGAAAACAUGCAGACAAAAUUAACCUUUGGCAAAUCAUACGAUAAGACUGUUUGAAAGAUGGUGGACUGUUAGUUGGGCCAUGUAACAAAAACAGUGAUGCUUGUCUGGUUUCAAGUGGGAAGCCAGACCUUUUUGUAUCUUUAAUGGUAAAGAUGGAUGUCUUUUGGCACUCUGUUAUUAUUACUCUGUUAUUUUACUGAAUUACUAAUGUUGGUGUCAGUAUCUUUGAGGGGAUGUUCACUGGAUUAUUGUUAUUGCUGCUAUAAGAUACAUAUGGUUUUCAUUCAUUGGUUUCAAUUAAUAAAGAAUUGCAUUGACUGCU